AUGCCUUCCUUCACUUUCUCUCCCUGUGCAAACUGUACCUUUUCUUACAUCCCCUUACACCUCCCCAUCGCCAGUGCCAACACCUUCCCCAUCGCCAGUGCCGACACCCUCCCCAUCGCCAGUGCCAAAACCCUCCCCAUCGCCAGUGCCAACACCCUCCCCAUUGCCAGUGCCAAAACCCUCCCCAUCGCCAGUGCCAACACCCUCCCCAUCGCCUGUGCCAACACCCUCCCCAUCACCAGUGCCAAAACCCUCCCUACCGCCAGUGCCAACACCCUCCCCAUCGCCAGUGCCAACACCCUCCCCAUCGCCAGUGCCAAAACCCUCCCCAUCACCAGUGCCAACACCCUCCCCAUCGCCAGUGCCAACACCCUCCCCAUCACCAGUGCCAACACUCUCCCCAUCACCAGUGCCAAAACCCUCCCCACCACCGGUGCCAACACCCUCCCCAUCACCAGUGCCAAAACCCUCCCCAUCACCAGUGCCAACACCCUCCCCAUCGCCAGUGCCAAACCCUUCCCCACCUCCUCCCACGUGAAGGAGAUGGCUAGCAAGCACCACCCCAACUUGGUGCGCCUGUUGGGAUUCUGUGUGAACUUUGACCCGGCUACGAGUCUCGUGGAGCAAGUACUUGUCUAUGGUGUGGUGAUGUUGGUGGUCAUCUCAGCACGCAAGGCCGUGCAUGUGAGCGAGACCAGCCAGAUCAGCCUGAAGCAAUGGAUCGCCCCAUUCGUGGAGUCAGAUGCUGUGGCAGUCUUCAAGGACCCCCACUUGGACGCACCAGAUGACUUGGUGCUGCGCUGGGCUCGCCUUGCCCUCUCCUGCACCGCCAUGCCUGUGGCCUCUCGCCCCUCCAUGAGUCAAGUGCUGGGGGAGCUGGUGAAGUUGAAGCAGGAGGCGUCCGGAGCACAUGAGAGCCAUGUGGGCGAGGCAAAAUCUCGCAUCGACAUGGAGCUUGGGAGUUUCGGUGGCUCCUCCAGCUUCACUGCAGAAAUGGCCCGUGCGGAGCGUGAGGGGGGCAUGCCAAGUGGUUCUUCCUCGUAA